AUGUCCGGGGCGCACUGCCUGGACAUGCUCAAAGAGGGCUACAAGCUCUGCAACUUCGAUCCCUGGGACAUGCACUCCGUCACCGCGAACUCUGCGCGGACGACAGCCUCGAUCGCUCAGAAGACGAGGUUUGGCAUCGGAGACGUCUAUUUCCUUGCCUGUGCCUAUGGCAUUCUGGAAAUCGUGGUCGACAAUGUGAAGCGAUGCAGCGAGAAGACGGUGCACCUGGAGAGCGGUAGGAAGCUCGAAGACAUCAACGUCAUCCUCAAGUGCAUAGGUAUGCUGCCGGAUGCCACGGUGGACCGCGUGGUCCAUGCUAAGUAUCUCCGUGGCUACUGGAUCAAUGGCGACCCACGUCGGUUCACCAAUGCUGAUCCCGACGGCAUCUACGCUGCCAACUUUGCUGCGACCACGAUCGGCCCUGGAGCAUACAGCUGGGUCUGUCUCAUGAAGCACGUUUGGGACUGCCCGAACGAGUGGAGGGAGCUGGAUGAGGCCGGUCAUUUAAACACGCUGCCGAUGCACUAUGCUGGCGAUCCCGAUCCAGACUCGCCGGCCUACUUCAUCAACGCCAGGCCGAAGGGGGCUCGGCGUGUAGACUAA